AUGCAUGUAUGUAAAUCACACUACUUGUACGCUGCUCUAUAUUGCUCUACACUUCUCAACAAUACAAAAAGGGUGCCUCAUUUGUAUCCAAACGAAUCAAUUCUGAGGGCAGGAAAGGUAGUGCGCAGGCCUGGAUUCUUUUCAAAAAAACGAUACCUGAUCUUGACGAACCGACCACGCUUGUUGUAUAUGGAUGAAGGCAAAGAAGCAGACGGAUCUGGUGGGAAGUUACGCUGUGAGAUUGGAUGGACCCCUCAGUUGUUACCUGAGCUUAAAGGAAAAUCUGUAUUUUGUAUUCACACGCCACAAAAGUCGUACACGUUUGAUGAUCCUGAGGGCCACGCACAAGAAUGGGUUAAUACGAUCAACACGAUGCUUGUGGACAGCUUUGGGGUAGCGGCUUAG